CAAGUGCGUAUAACAUCCGAUGAACAACCAAGCACUUAUCCUAGAAUUACAACCCGCCUCAAUCGUCCGUACUUGAUCUCUCUGGCUCGGCCCCUGACCCGACCACUGACCCGACCUUGGGACCCCCCUCAGCUGACCAACCGUUUCUCCUCCAGACAAGCUGAGGCCGCUCCGAGAGCCCUCGACCCAACGCCGGUAAGCGGUGGCAAUGGCGCCAAGUUCGCCGCACAAGCCACCGCCUUCCGAUGGUGCCACCUCCUCCGCCGAACGUCCAUACCAUGCACCAGCGAAUGGGAGACCCAGCAUAGUCGCCGCGAGACACGACCGAACCCCCAAUACCCCGAGGAAGGAGAGCAAUGGCCGUGAAAGGGCCCUACAAGACCCCGGCCUGAAAGAUUACCGAUUGGGGGAAUGCAUAGGCAAGGGGGCAUUUGGUGCUGUGUACAAAGCCUUCAACUGGGGCACCGGGGAAGCCGUUGCUGUCAAGCAGAUCAAGCUAGUCAAUCUCCCCAAGAGCGAGUUGCGCAUGAUCGAGGCUGAGAUUGAUCUUCUCAAGAAUCUUCACCAUGACAACAUCGUCAAGUAUAUCGGGUUUGUGAAGUCGGCCGAUUGUCUAAAUAUUAUUCUCGAAUACUGCGAGAAUGGAUCUCUUCACUCAAUAUGCAAAGCCUACGGCAAAUUCCCAGAGAACCUCGUCGGUGUUUACAUGACUCAAGUGCUCCAGGGCCUCCAGUAUCUGCAUGACCAAGGUGUUAUACAUCGGGACAUCAAAGGAGCUAACAUACUUACCACGAAAGAUGGGAAGGUCAAACUUGCUGACUUCGGUGUAUCGACAAGCACUCUGUCUGGACCCGACAAAGAGGCCCAAGUUGUUGGUACCCCCUAUUGGAUGGCCCCGGAGAUUAUAGAGCUUUCGGGUGCCACUCCAGCUUCAGAUAUUUGGAGUUUGGGCUGUACCGUCAUUGAGUUGCUCUCCGGAAGGCCUCCCUAUCAUCACCUGCAGGCCAUGCCUGCUCUAUUUGCCAUUGUCAACGAUGACCAUCCUCCGCUACCCGAGGGUGUGUCCUCGGCCGCUCGUGAUUUCUUGAUGCAGUGCUUUCAAAAAGAUCCUAAUCUUCGGGUAUCGGCACGGAAAUUAUUAAAACAUAACUGGAUAGUAGGCUGUAGAAGAAGCGACGCGCCUGUGUCCAAAGCCCCAGGCAAUUUUAGCCAAGCUGUUGAAGAAGUCAAGCAGUGGAACAAAGCACUCACCUCAUCCGACAGUAAUCUUCGGGCAUCCACUGGUUCAGACUCAAGUGGACCUCUGCACCAUGGCCAACAAAACUUACGGUUGGUACCUCAUGAAUCAACCAAGCCAAACAUGCCAAUUCUGGCUAAGGGUCCGUUCACACUGGCGAAGCCAAGGCCUACAGCAGAAGACUUUCGAUCACCUGAACUUGCCGAUGACGAUAAUUGGGACAAUGACUUUGCCACAGCCAUAUCCCCUGCUGCCUUGCAGCUGCCUCACAUCAAACCACACGACCAUUUUGGCGGUUUAUUGUCCGCAGACCGUUUGAAGGCUUUUGCAUCGAUCGAUAGUUCACGCGAUAUUUCUAAUAACUGGGACCUGGACCAUCAGAGUGGUGAAUUGAUGACGAUGAAGAAAGUACAACCAGUUCAGGAUGAAGACCCUAUGGAAAAGACCAUUAGACCAAACUGGAAGCCUGUAGCAAAGCCAGAAAAGAGCGAUGAGCCGCCAAAACCACGCACAUCUAGAGCAUCACCUCGGAAACGAUCGGCUAGCAGCCAUCACAAACAUUCUCGAGCAAAGAGUAGUGUGAGCAACAAGUUUCAACUGCCACCCCACCCUGGCAUGGCAUACAGAGAGCAGUCGGUCGAGGACUAUUCUGACCUCUUUGCUGAUAAUGAUGGAGCGCUUAAUCAGAGGUUAAAUUUGAAAAAGUCCGAUGCCCCCCAAUUAUUCCAUCCUUCAGAUCUCACUAGCCUGCCACGCUCAACACAGUCGCCCGAGGGUGGUAGUUCGCGACGGAAACCAACAUCGCGACCCUCAAUUCUUCCCGAUCGACCAUUUCAUAGAUCUAAAUCAUCAAUUGAGAUCCAAAAGUUCGCCGAAAACGACGAAGAGGAUUUUUCGGAUAUAUUUGGUCCGAGCGAGAAAUUUACGGAAAGGGCGGAAAGCGAACGAGGUUCUGAAGAUGGCAAUCUCAUGGUCGUGUCGCGCUUAUCGAACAGCUCCUGGCUAGGGGAUGAUGAAGAUGAGGAUGAUCCCUUUGCUUCCAUGGACCCAGGCUGGGACGAAAUGGAUCUUGAGGCGAAUAUUGCACGAGACCGCCAUGCCCGGUUAGCAGAGAGAGUUGAGGAGUUGGUCCGCUCCCUGAAAUCAACAGAAAAUGAGGAGAAUCUGCUAGAGUUAUCCGGUAGCCUCCUCGAAAUUCUGUGGGAGAGUCGAGAAGCCAAAGAUCUAAUUAUCGGUGCGCAUGGUUUACUUCCUAUUCUAGAAAUUCUAGAACCAUGCACAGUCAAAAGCCGACAGCAUAUGAUCUUACAGUUGCUUAAAGUCGUCAAUACGAUUAUAUUAGAUGACGUUGAACUUCAGGAAAACCUCUGCUUUGUUGGUGGCAUUCCGAUCAUCACUAAAUUUGCCGCCCGGCAAUACUCGAACGAGAUACGGCUGGAAGCAGCUGCUUUCGUCAGACAAAUGUAUCAAACGUCCACGUUAACGCUUCAGAUGUUUGUUAGCGCAGGCGGUCUCAAUGUGCUCGUCGAGUUCCUGGAUGAGGAUUACGAUAGCGCCCGUGACUUAGUCUUGAUCGGCGUGAAUGGCAUCUGGAAUGUCUUUGAGCUCCAGGGACCGACCCCCAAAAAUGACUUCUGUCGUAUCUUUUCGAGGAGUAAAAUCCUUGAUCCUUUAGCCUUGGUGUUGCAUAGGGUCCUCGAUGAAGAUGUUGAGACCGACCUUACUGAGCUAAUAGAAGGAAGAAUCGUAAACAUAUUCUACCUUUUCUCCCAGGCCGAGAAUUACGUCAAAGAGAUGGUGGCUGACCGACAAGUCUUGAAAACUGUCUUGAAAGAUCUUCGACGCAUGACCCCUUCGCAUCAGAUCACUAUGCUGAAGUUCAUAAAAAAUCUUUCCAUGCUAUCAACUACGCUCGAUACUCUCCAUUCAGCUGACGCAAUCGAGCUACUGAUUGAACUCCUCACCAGUAGCAUGAAGACUGGUCAUCCCCAUUUUCGUGAGAUAUCAAACCAAGUUCUCAACACCAUGUUCAAUCUCUGCCGCCUGAGUAAAGAUCGCCAAGAGUACGCAGCCGUAAACGGUAUCAUUCCCAUCCUCCUCAAAAUAAUGAAGACCGACCGGCCCCCCAAAGAAUUCGCUUUACCUAUCUUGUGCGAUAUGGCUCAUUCAGGCAGCAAAGGUCGCAGGUUCUUGUGGCAGAACAAGGGUCUAGACUUUUAUGUUUCUCUUCUUGCAGACCAAUACUGGCAGGUCACUGCGCUCGACGCCAUAUUUGUCUGGAUGCAAGAGGAAACAGCCAAGGUGGAAGAUCACUUAUUGAGUGGCAAGUUCACGGACGCUAUUGUGUCGUGCUUUCAUAGUCGGAAGGUCAAUGCAUUUGACCCUAAUCUAUUGGAACCACUUCUGAAGCUUCUCCGACUUUCACCCUCGGUAGCCGCGUCGUUAGCGAAGCCUGAGAUGUACUCGGGCAUAGCCCAGAGGCUUUCACAUAAGAAAGCUGUAGUACGGCUCAAUCUACUUCGUCUCGUACGGAACGUGCUCGAAGCAGGAGAAUACGAAAUUGCUGUGAAUCCUCGCGAAAGGCACCUCAAAUCUCUUUUGGACGCCGUUCGAGUCCUAGCAGAGAAGGACUCUGCGGUACUUGUCCGUAACCUUGCAUCCGAUCUUAUCAUCUCCCAUAUCGAUGGUAGUGCAGACCCGUCAGUCUCGGCCACAUCGACAUCUGCAUCAGCACCUAGCUACUCCCGUCCGGGCCCGAGACGGAUAUAUACCCCACCCUCUCUUCAUUCGACCUCAUCCAUUCCUCAAACACCCACUCACGCAUCCCGGCACCCCCCACCUUCCGCCUACAUCGAAGUCGCUUCCAGCCCAAAGCGUUCAGCAGUAUCAUUGACUCAUGAGCGGGACGCUGCACUUCAACGACCCAGAAGUAGAGACGAAAACUCGAGUAUUCCUGUCAGCUCCAUUCCCCGCCGAGUUAGUGGUGACAUACACUCCGGCAUGGGCACCCCCGUCAGAAGCAAGAACAACAGGGUAUCCCGAACAUCGGGAAUUUACCCACGGCCUAGCCUGAGUUCCUUGGCUACCUCUCGCAGCGAGAGUGAAUCUUCUAAUAAGGAAAAUGUUACAGGCGCCAGCGGGCGUAGCGCUCGGUAUUCUGCUAGAUAUUCUCCCCCGACGGCCGUAGGUAGUACCGGGAGUGACCCGCCGUCCUUACCCGCAAAGCAGAGACGCAGCCGAGCACCAAGUGAGGGGAAGAGUAAAUGGAGUGCGUAGUGGCGCUUCUUGAUCUGAGUGAGGUUAACAGGGCUUCGCUGAGCGGUAGGCGGUCUGUGAUUUCACGAUAUUAUCCCCUAAAAGCAUAGGAAGCGAGUUCCACAUAUCCCAGCACAUUGCAUGGCUUAAACGGCGUCUAUCUAUUUUUAAUAUACAUGAACUUCAUGAAGUGGGAAAUUCGCAUUUGCUUCACGACUUUGAAUGUGCUUGUCUCUUGUAUGUUCAACGCGACAUGGAACUGAUGUGGUAGUACGAGAUGGAAGUCUUGAGGCUGGCGGUGCGCGUUGCGUAAUGCGUCUAUAACGGCACGUGUUAGCGUUAGUGGACUAUAGAUAGUGAGUGAGGUUCUACUGAUGAAUAA